GAACCGGGAACGGAGCGGGGUUGGAAGCUCCGGGGGCCGCGGGAUGAGCAAAGGGCGCGAGGCCGCGACGGGCGGAAGCGCCACCGCUGUCCUGCUGCGGUACCUGCGGGAGCAGAACCGCCCGUACGGCGCCCAGGAUGCCUUCGGGAACCUGCAGCGGGAGCACGGGCUGGGCAAGGCGGUCGUGGUGAAGGCUCUGGAGCAGCUGGCGCAGCAGGGCGGCGUGCGCGAGAAGGUCUACGGGAAGCAGAAGAUCUACUUCGCUGACCAGGAGCAGCUCCCAGCCGCCAGCGAUGCGGAGCUUCGCGGGCUGGACGGGGAAAUUGCCACGCGCUCCGCCCAGCUGCAAGCGCUGCAGCAGAGCUGCCGGCAGAUGGAGGCGGAGGUGAAGGACUUGAAGAGCUCCAUGACAACCCCUGAGAUUGCCAAGGAGAUCGAGGCACUGAGGAAAGACUGUGCCAGUUACACCGAGAAACUGGAGAGGAUUAAGUCUGCUACCAACCACGUGACUCCAGAGGAAAAAGAGAAGGUGUGCCAGGAACAGCAGCUGUACCACCGGGAGUGGCGCCGGAGGAAGCGGAUGGCCACCGAGCUGCUGGAUGCCAUCCUGGAGGGGUAUCCCAAGAGCAAGAAGCAAUUCUUUGAGGAGGUUGGGAUAGAGACAGAUGAGGACCAUGGUGUCAUGCUGCCAGCAACUGUGUGAGCUGCUGGGGGAGCCUUUAUUAUUCUGGGGAGAAGCUGCUGUGGAGCUGCCUCUGAAACACGGCUGUUGGGUUGUUCUUUUUCUCA